UAUUCUCCCCCUCGCCGCGCUGCAGCUGCUUCCAAAAGUUCCAACUUUUUGGGGUUUCAGUUUUCAAUUCAACCCAGGAGUUUCAACAGAAUGGAUCAAAGUACAUGUCCAGAAAAUUCAACUGCUGUGCAAAAGCUAGGAAUUAUUCCAAACCAGAAUUUGGAACUUAAGCCGGCAUGUCAGACGCCAGAGAAGACUAAUGAGCCUUCACACAAAAUCGAGGAGGGAGAAGUAAAACUUCCAGACAACUAUAAGAACAUAUCGGAGUUCUUCAAUCAUAUGAUUUGUUCAUUUAGGUUGCUCACUCUGUGUAAAAAAUUGCCUACUUUCCAAAAUGUCUCUGCUCAGGUGGAAGUUCUUACUAAAAGAAAAUUCACGUACAGCCAUCUUGCUCAGAUAAAAUAUAUACUUCCUGAAGCCAUUCAGAUAGAAAAGAUUCUUGUGCAUGACAAGAAAACCUUAUGCAUGAAGCCUGACAUGAAGAUCUCUUUGCUAUUUGAUGUUAUAGAAGGUCACUGUGAACAAUCUGAUUUUUUUGCCCUGCAUCAACUUUUUGCUUCUAGGCUUAUUAGUUUCUUUACCAAGCAACCUAAGGCUUGUGAUGUUCCAGAGGCCAUGUUGCCAGAACCUUUUAGCGAAAGAAAACAGACCUUAAGUCCAGAGCAAUUGAUUGCAGAUUCUGUAAUAGAAUCUCAAUCAACUUCCAUUGAAUGUGAGCCGUUGUCAGAAAACUUUGAUCCAUAUCCAUCUAUAAGCAGACACUUCUCUCAGAAGGCUAUUGGUGCUGAAACAGAAAAAACUCAGCUCUUAGAAUCUCCAAUAACUCUGUUGUCUGCCAGAUCUGAUAAUUUGAUUAACCAAGAUAAUACAAGUGUGCAGGAGAUGGAAAAUUCUGGAUUAUGUUCCAAAUCUGAUGGUGUAACUAACCCAAAUAUCAGAGGUGGGCAACAGAAGGAAUCUCCUAGUACCAGCUCCAUCUCAACCAUUUUCAACUCCCCUGCACAACAGACGAACCCUUUAAGUACUCCUCUUGUCAAACUUGCCUCAUCUGAUGAUCCCUUGAUUCUAGAAACGCCUGCACAGUUGACGCCAAAGAUAUCAAUGCCUAGUUGUGAGGACAAGCUUAAGACCAGUACCAGCCAAAAGUUGACAUCAUGUAAUAAGCCUGCAAAAAGGGUUCUAGACUUCUCGCACUUGGAAGGUGAAAAGACUGCAUUUGAUUCCAUUGUGGAUGAGUCAGGCUGCAACAAUGUUGUAAUUGAUAACAUUCAUCAUACUACAGAAGUAACAUUCAAGGGUGCGAAUGCCACAUGUUCUCCGCCACUGCUGCAAGAGGUCAACAGCCUUGGAUUUAUUGAUGAGGUUUGUGAGAAGAGUAUAGCAGGUGUAACAGUGGUCCAGCAGAUGUCUUCUUCCUUGCCUGACCUAGUUGCUCUGAUUUACCAAAUAUUCAAGUCAGUCAACUGCUGUGCAAUAACAAAAGAGGAGCUUGUGCACAAGAUAAUAAUGAAUAGUUUUGAUAUUGUUGAGAGAGGAGAAGUUGAAGAACAGAUUGCACUUCUUGAAAAUCUGGUUCCAGAUUGGAUCUACAGGAAGUUAACACCUGGUGGCGAUAUCAUGUACAACAUCAAGAAAGUGCCAGAUUUGGAUUCAGUUCGGGCAAGGAUUAUUAGCAUAUGAAAUGUCAGAGGUACACAUUCCAAUACAAAUUCCUUUGACUUUUCUUUAUUCCAGUGGUAAUAGGAUUUAAAAAAGAAAAAAAAAAAUUAAUUGAUAGCUAAGUAGAUGGUUGUGACAUUAUGAAAUUUCGGUGAACUUUGACAGCUAAUGCUAGUGUAAUGAGAUUAGGCCCUGAAGGGUGGAAUGUACUUUGGAUUAUCUUUUAAGUAAAAUGAUUCACAUUUCUGUUCCUGUA